AUGAUUUCAUUGCGACACAAAGCACAGCUGAUGUCGAAUAUACAUUGCUUUGGAAGGAAUCUCGUCACUGCUUCGACCUCUUUGCUUCCUGUGCAACUCCCUAGACAAAGGGAAGUGCAUUUUUGGUAUGUUUUACCCGAUGAGGUCAAGAGCACAAACCUAUUGAACCGAUAUUUAGAAAUUCUAUCACCUUGCGAGAAAGAAAAUAUAUUUAGCUUGCGUGGGGAAGAUAUAAAGAAAAGAGCACUCCUGGCCCGUGCAUUAGUUCGCACUACAUUAGCAAGAUAUCAGACAAAUUUUGAAAUUGAUCCAAAAUCUUUAAAGUUUAGGAAGAACAAUUAUGGCAAGCCCGAGUUGGACUGGCAAUAUGCUGAUGAUUGGAGCCUCCCACCACUGCAUUUUAAUAUCUCACACACUUCAUCUUUGAUAGCUUGUGGAGUAACUGUGGGUUCACCUAUUGGUAUUGAUGUGGAAGAGAAGCAAAGGAGGUUAAGGAAUGAUACAUUAGCCUUUGCACAGCGAUUUUUUUCUCCGAGUGAAAUAGAUGUGCUGACUCGCAUUGCAGACCCUGAACUUCGGCUUCAGGAGUUCAUUAAGUUAUGGACUCUGAAGGAGGCAUACGUAAAAGCACUAGGGAAGGGCUUCUCAGCCUCGCCUUUUAAGACUUUCACUGUUCGAAUAAGAGACCGUGUGAAAGGAGACAUCCAUACUCCACCUCAUAUUAUUUCUAAGGCACAUGAUAUUAGUGUUGAGCCUUCUGAUGACCUGAAGAAUGCGUCGAGCUAUUGGCAGUUUGGGCUUCUGGAUUUAGCAGGCUCUCAUUAUGCUGCCGUUUGUAUAGAACAGGACAGCAUCGAUACAGGUAAUGGGAGUAUUCCAAUUGAACUGAAUCUAAGGAAAACAAUCCCAUAUGUUGAGGAUGAAUGUAUUUCUGCAACUGACAGUGCUGUAGUGAUUGGCGGCUUGACUAGACUGUCAGAGGGUCAUUAG